GUGUAAUCAGGUGAGCGGUCAGUGUGUCUGCAGGGAUCACAUGUUUGGCCGCCGCUGCGAUCAAGUCGAGUCUGGAUUCUACUUCAUUGCUCUGGAUCAUUACACCUACGAAGCCGAGGACGCCAAGUUUGGACCUGGAGUGACAAUGGUCCCCAGGCCACACCCCCUGGACCGCAGUCCCACCUGGACAGGUGUCGGCCUGGUCAAUGUCCCAGAGGGGGCCUUCCUGGAGUUCUCUGUGGACAACAUCCCCCACUCCAUGGAGUACGAUGUCCUCAUCCGCUAUGAACCGCAG